GCUUGUCGUCAGUGUGUCCUUGGCUCCAUAGUCAAGCAGCAGGUUAGCUAGUGAGCUACCACUGGAUUUGACGGCUAUAGGAAGGCGAACCGGAGGGCACCCUAAGAACAGCAGCAUCCUUUUUAUCUGUAAAAGUAUUCUCAUCCUCGCAGAGUAAACACUCAGACAACUCAAGAUGGCUUUCUUGAUCAAGAGCAUGAUUGGCAACCCCCUGUCAGGAAUGGGUCUUGGUGGUGGAGGUGACAAAGAAGAGGAGGCCACCCCCUCAGAUCCAGCCAAAGCAGCAGGGAUGACACGGGAGGAGUAUGAAGAGUACCAAAAACAGUUGGUGGAGGAGAAGAUGGAGAGAGAUGCAGAUUUCUUACACAAAAAGGCAGAGAGGGCCACACUCAGGGUGUGCCUCAGAGAUAAAUACAGGCUGCCAAAGAGCGAGCAGGACGAGAACAUGAUUGAGAUGGCCGGGGACGACGUGGACGUACCCGACGAGUUGCUCAAGAUGGUGGACGAGGACGCCACGGAGGAGGAAGGCAAGGACUCCAUCUUGGGCCAGUUUCAAAACUUGCAGAACAUGGACAUGGAUCAGCUGAAGGAGAAGGCCUCAGCCACCGUCACUGAGCUGAAGACCAAAGCAGAGGAGAAGUGCUCUGUCAUGUGAGGAGCCAGUGGGGUCGCCUGUGAUUAAGUAAUGACAAAGAAGUGGAAAGGGAGAAGGGAAGAACACAAGAAAAAUGAAUUUCAACACUAUCUGGGAAUCUGCAGAGUGAGCUGUGUAAAAAAGUCUGGCAUUCUGUUUCAGCCUACAAAGUAUUCAUUUUUAUUAUACACUAAAGCGGCAAAUCAUCUUUCUGUGAUAAAACAUGUAACAGACCACAAUGCAUUUCUAAAUUGAUGAUUAUUUGUGAUAUAUCGUUCACGUUGUUGUCAAAUGAGACAGUUAAGUCUCUAAAAGUGUGAUUUUCAGUCCAAUAAAUAACAAUAUACCAAGACUUGCUUAUGAAAAACCUUAUUUAGGUAAAAAAAAAUCCAAUCCUGUCUGAGUGUUUCAACUUUCCUUUUGGUUUGCUGAUUAUUCUAGAUUAUUUUUUUUUAUGUUGUGUGUGAAUUAAUUAUGAUAUGUAGAUUUCUUUUUCUUUCCAUGUUAUUACAAAGCAGACAAUCUUCAUAAAUCUUGACACUUUGAAUUCAGUCCACAAAUGCAUUUUGACUGUAAUAAAAUGGUUGAGCCUGACACAUUUCCAGUGACAUUUGCAGAUUUGCACAAAUCAUUAUUUCAAAAUACUGAAUGUGUCUUUCCAUA